GCGGGAACGCGCCCGGGGGGGGAGGGGAGAGCGCGCCGGGUGCGCGCACGCACGGGGCAAGGCGCGGCCCCGCGGCUGUGCGUGCGCGCUCCCGCCCCCCCCCGCCUUCCCCUCUCUCUGUGUCCCUCUCUCUCCCUCUCUCCGCCGCGCUCGGCCGGCUCUGCCCCCCCUUUGUGCGCGCUCCGAGCCGCCCCCGCAUCGCCGACUCGCCAUGGCCGACGAGAAGCCCAAGGAAGGAGUGAAGACUGAAAACAAUGACCACAUUAAUCUGAAGGUGGCAGGGCAAGAUGGGUCUGUGGUGCAGUUUAAGAUUAAGAGGCACACACCACUUAGUAAACUAAUGAAAGCCUAUUGUGAACGACAGGGGUUGUCGAUGAGGCAAAUCAGAUUCCGGUUCGAUGGGCAGCCAAUUAAUGAAACAGACACACCUGCACAGUUGGAAAUGGAGGAUGAAGAUACAAUUGAUGUGUUCCAGCAGCAAACAGGAGGAGUUUACUAAAACAAACACACAAAAAAAAAUCUGCUACUUUCCUCUCCAGAACUGUGCUCCCACUGGCAACACUUCACAAUUAGAAAAAUGAGACUUGGUUCAGCCACAUCCUGACUACUGCAGUAUAGUUUUCUCUCUUCUCUCUGAAUUUUUUUCUUAUUCCUUUUAUUGUACAUAAAGUAACUGGUGAUGUGCACAGACAUAAUGCAUUUUUUUUUUUGACUAAAUGGCCAAUGGUAUGUUUUGAUCAACAUUUAAUGGAGAUGGGGUGGGAAAACAAACUGGUUCUGUGAAAAUGCCCCUCUCUCCGUUAGUGGCAUGCUCCUUCUACUUUUACAGAAUCACAGAAUAAGCCGAGUUAUCUUUAUAUUCCAGUAAGUUAUUUUGCUCUCACUGUUCAAAAACAAAAACCUUGCAUACCUUGUUUGAUUGGAUAAUUUCAAUGUUUUUCUUUUAUCAUUGUAAAACCAAGGGCAAUUUUAUAACUUUUUUGUACGUAGCUGUUACAUGUAGAGCAAUCUCUGUCUAAGUAGGGGUAAAUUACUCUUUAAAAAAAAAAAAGGAAAAAAAAAUCCUAGAUAGUUUUCCCUUCAAGUAAAACGUCUUGUUGUUUAAAUAAACUUCUUGUUUAAAAUAA